AGCUCCACGCCGCCGUGGAGGAGGUUCUCCCAGCUCUCCAGCACGAUGGCAUCCGUGUCUUCUACCUGAGCUCCACAUCGCCCACGCCGGGUGUUGAGGCUCUUCUCCCCGCCAUCAAGGAGACAUCUGAUGAGCCCCUGCCCACCCACCACCGCGCUGGUGUCACUGGUGACUCCAAAGCCAUCUACAUCUACACCUCUGGCACCACUGGGUUGCCCAAGGCAGCAGUGAUCACCGAGAUGAAGUUGAUGUUGGUGGCCAACCUGGGUCGUCUCUGUGGCCUCCGACCCGAUGACGUCAUCUACCCGACGCUGCCGCUCUACCACUCGGCCGGGCUCCUCAUCGGGGUGGGCGGGUGCUUGGAGGUCGGAGCCACCUGUGUCCUGCGAGCCAAGUUCUCCGCCUCUCAGUUCUGGGACGACUGUCGCCGUUACAACGUCACCGUCAUCCAGUACGUGGGGGAGCUGAUGCGUUACCUCUGCAACGCCCCCAAGCGUGACAACGAGCGGGAGCACGGGGUGCGCUUGGCCUUGGGCAACGGUCUCCGAGGUGAGGUGUGGAAGGAGUUUCUCCAGCGCUUCGGUCCCAUCUCCAUCUGGGAGUUUUAUGGAGCCACCGAGGGCAACGCUGGUUUCAUCAACUACACCGGCAAGAUCGGGGCGGUGGGAAGAGCCAACGUGUUCCUCAAG